CCCAGGUAUAAAAAGGAGUCCCGAAGCAUUUAUGCUUUUACUCUCUGCUUUCGAUCGAAUUGUCAUAAGGCAAGGUACGAGUAAAGGAACGACAACAUGGCAACGUUCUUCUCCAGCUCCUCUAUGUCAGGUAGAUCCUCUGGGUUGAGACGAAGCUCAAGUGUGCGUCGUGCAGCCAGUGUUUUCGGGGGAGCGGGAAGUUCAGGGGUGCAAAUCUCGUCUGCAUCCUUCAGCUACAGCUCCAUGGGCUCGGAUGACUCUGCUUUAAUCGGCAAUGAGAAGAUGACAAUGCAGAACCUGAACGACCGUCUGGCCACCUACUUGGCAAAGGUACGCACUCUGGAGAAGGCCAAUGCUGAUCUGGAGCUCAAGAUCCGCCAGUUCCUUGAAGGCAAGGCCUCGCCCAAGGCCCGAGACUACUCUGCCUAUUUUGCCACCAUCAGUGACCUGCAGGGCAAGAUUUACGUAGCAACCCAAGCGAAGGGAGGAGUGCACCUCAAACUGGACAACUUACGUUUGGCCAUAGACGACUUCAGAACUAAGUAUGAGCACGAGAUGGAGAUGCGUAAGACAGUGGAGGCUGAUGUCGCCGGGCUGAAACGGCUCCUGGACGAUUUCAAGUUGUCCAAGCAGGACCUGACCCUGCAGCUGGAAGGCUUGAAAGAGGAACUCGCCUUCCUCAAAAAGAACCAUGAGGAGGACAUGGCGGCAGCGCGUCAACAGAUGAGCGGGCAGGUUCAUGUGGAGGUCGACGCCGCGCCUCAAGAGGAUCUCAUGAAAGUCUUAACAGAAAUGCGUGAACAUUAUGAAGCACUCACCGCAAAAAUCCAGAGAGACGCAGAAAACUGGUUCAAAUCUUCGUCAGAGGUUCUGAAACAGGAGGUGGUGACUCAUACAGAGAGCCUGCAGACAUCUAAAAGCGAAAUGAAAGACCUGAAAUCCCGUCUGCAGGCUUUGCAGAUUGAGUUGCAGUCCCAGCAGUCCAUGAAAGCAUCAUUGGAGAGCACGCUGAACGAAACUAAAUCACGGUAUGCCAUGCGCAUGGCUGGGUACCAGACACAGGUGGUAAAUUAUGAGGAGCAGCUGGUGCAGCUUCGUGCUGAUCUCGAGCGUCAAUCCCAGGAGUAUCAGAUACUUCUGGACAUCAAGACCAGACUUGAGAAGGAGAUCGAAGAGUACAGGAGACUGUUGGAUGGAGAAGCGACCAAGACUAAGGCUGUAUCCAGCAGCAGCAGCAGCAGCAGCAGCAGCAGCAAAACCAACACCAUUACCAGUGGCAGUAGCAGCAGCAGCACCACUACCACUUCCAGGACUAAGGUGAUCACGGUGCUGGAAGAGGUGGUGGACGGGAAGGUGGUCUCCUCCACAACCUCUUCAUCCUACGUAACCAAAUAAAUCUGAGGGUUAGUUGUGGAGCUCCAGUGCGCCAUCAUGUGGCUGAAAGAAACCACAGUCUCUGACCUGAAUAAAAAUUAACUCAGUGCAACUCA